ACAAAAUGUCUUUCUACGACAAUCACUAUUAUUAUCUUAACAAAAGAUUUCUGUCCAUUAUCGGCCAAUGGCCAUUUCAAUCGCGACUGGAGAGUAACGUGAUGCUCGCUAUUACAUUAUUGUUCCUUUGCAGUUUGACGGCUUUAGAGUUCUUGGGCCUAAUAGCUGGAAUAACGAAUAUGAACAUCAUCAUGGAGAAUACAUCGCCGUUAUUGAUCAACAGCUUCAUCUUCGUGAAGCUAAUCAACUCUCUCUAUAAUAAGUAUAAAAUGAAGGAUCUUCUAGAGUGUAUCGAAGAGACCUGGAAGAUGACACAAAUCGGACCAGAAAAGGAAAUAUUGCGGAGUUACGCGAAGCAAAGCAAAACAUUAACGAUACAAUAUGCCCUUGGUCUUUAUUCUAUGUGGAUCUCUUACUCCACAAUGCCGAUCGUCGUCAGUGAAAUAUAUUCGCUCUUACCAACAAACGAAACUUACACGGCCAGGUUUCUAUAUCGCUUGGAACAUCUUCUCGACGUAGACAAGUACUUCAAACUCUUGAUGCUUCAUGGGAUUAUUAGUGUAUUCUAUAUAGUGUCGGUAGUGAUAGCUAUCGACGGUAUGUUUGUUCUUUGCAUUCAACAUGCCUGUGCAUUGUUCGAGGGUAUAAAGUACAAGAUACAGCACAUACAAGGCUUCGAUUUUGUGACGCUUAAGCCCAAUAUAAUGGACGAUGAAGCGUAUCAUGUCAUAAUUAAUUGCAUUAAAUCGUACAAACGUGCCUUAAAAUUUUCAGAUCUGCUCUCAUCCACUUUCGAAACAUGUUUUUUCUUUUUACUGGGAAAUGUAGUCAUAGCUUUAAGCUUCAAUGCGGCUGAGUUGAUAAUGAUAGACAUUCAGUUGGAUGAAAUAAUCAGAAUCCUUGCUGCUAAUAUGGCGCAAUUGUUACAUAUAUUCUACUUGAGUUUAAUGUCUCAACGACUGAUCGAUCACAGCAGCGGACUCCAAGAAGCAAUUUAUAGCUGUGAGUGGUACAAAAUUUCAUUAAGAUCCAGACAACUGUUGAGAUUCACAUUAAUGCGAGUUAUUAAACCAUGUCAAAUAAAAGCUGGUAAAAUAUACGUAAUGUCAAUGGAAAAUUUUAGCUCGAUAUUACAAGUAUCCGUGUCUUACUUCACUAUGCUCACAUCUAUGCAAUAAUAAUCAUAUAAAGCGGUAUAAUAAUCUAGAAAUAUGAUUGAUUACAAGCUUAAUUAUUCAAUAUAAUGGAUAACUUAAGCACUGAUGUAAUGUACUAAUUUAAUAUAUAUUAUCCAAUAAAAACUUUAAAUCGUAAAUUGUUAUUAGUUUCUACUUUUAUACGAAAUGUGAUCUUAAUAUAAUAAUGACAAAUAUAUAUAGAGGAAAGUAGGGUAAAACUGGGUACCUUUUUGGAUUUGUUUUCCUACAAAAAAUCUGAGAGUAAACCGAGAAUAACAAGAUUUUGUGGAGAAGUCUAAGUACCCGGUUUUGUCUUACGGGUAGGAUAAAACCGGGUACCCAUUU